AUGGGCCAGCAACAAUCUGCUGAGAAGGGCCCUUCUUCCAAAUCCAGUUCGCUUCAGCCAGACAGAGAAAAAGACCGCAAGGUCAACCGCAGAGUUUCCAUCCAAGCCUUGACUCACGGCCGAGCCACUCCCGUCGACCCUUCAGCAUCCCAAGAGGUCGCCGUUGCCCAGACCACUUCCCAGCACCUCGAGAAGCCUGCUCUCCAGCAGUACCUCCAAAAUUCCUCGUCCCCGGAGCACAAUGCCCGAUUUGCGGGCAAGCUAGAGAGGUCCACUUCAAGAACAAGCAAAGAGAAGAAGCCAGAACUGGAGCAUAGGCCUAAGGAACCUAGGCAUCAGUCAUCGGUCCCUAUUCCACAGACUUCUGGUCCCAUGGACGUCCCUGCCUCCAGGAGCAAGCAGGAUACUAUCGAGGAACGAUUUGAAGAUCAUCGCAAUGUCUACAACGAUAGGAGAUACACACCCGUCGCUCAAACUCGCCCACCACGUCUUCCUCUACCUAUUGCCGAUGUCACCAUUCCGGAGUCACCAACCCUCCUGCCUGUCGACAAAAGCAAUGCCGACGUACCAAUUUUCGAGACAGAUGAACCUCUUUCCGCCGUUGAACCGGCAUUGCGGAGGAAGAGCUCCAUGUUAAGUGAAACCACCACUCAGUCAGAAGAGGAUGUUGGCGACGAGUUGCAACCUUUCCCUGUUGAUACCAGUUCUCAAACUGUCCCAACUGUUAUUGAGUGGAACCAUGGAGGACACAAGGUCUAUGUCACAGGCACUUUCGCGAAUUGGGAGAAGAAAUAUCGUCUUCAUCAGAGAAAGAAUGCGCCUGGCAUGUUUACUACAAUCAAUCUUCCCUCGGGAACUCACCACCUUAAGUUCGUGGUAGAUGGGGAGAUGGUCACAAGCCCCUCCUUGCCAACAGCCGUCGACUUCAAUAAUUUCCUUGUCAAUUACAUUGAGAUAGCCACCGAAGAUCUGUCCAAACCAAGACGAGAGAGUGCUCAGCCUGGCAGUAAAUCUGCUGCAACACAAGGUCUUACGGCUGAUGAGCAAGACCAGGCCAGGUCCGGAGAUCAGACUCCAGAUGAUUCGGAUAUCGAUGAACUCCAGGCUGAAGAAAUUCCAGCAGGAGAUUUCCGUCGCAUCAUCCCUCAAGCUUUAGUUGAUAUCGACCUUCCCGAGGAAGAUCCAAGAUAUCAGACAGCACAGAGGAUUUUGACUGAAGUGCCCGGCCCUCCAACUCUUCCCCUGUUUCUUAGCAGAUCGAUUCUCAACGGGAUUCUCCCAGUCAAGGACGAUAACAGCGUCCUGACGCUACCGAAUCACACUGUUCUUAAUCAUCUCAUGACAAGUAGCGUCAAGAAUGGCGUACUGGCAACUAGUGUAACCACGAGAUACAAGAAGAAGUAUGUGACAACGAUCUCCUUCAAGCCCGUCCCGCGGUUUCAAACACCAUCUCAAUAG